GUCAUUUCGGUGUGAAGUGCCAAAAUAAUCAGUUUUGUUGUGUUUUCAAUGACAUUUCGUGAAAACCGCUUAUAAACUAAAAAUCAAAGCACAAAAAAAUGAAAUAGUAUAAUGAGUUAGAAACAAAUCCAACCCAACUAAAUGUGAAUUGUAUCACCGAAUUUGAUGAGAAGAGAAAAAAAGCGAACAAAAUGGUGAAAAUGGAUAUUAAAUUGAAAAAGUAUUUUCAAUCGAUUCAAAUCCAUUCAAAGGGCAAAUACAUCAAGACCUACAUAUUUUUGGUGGUGCUGCGAGUGUGUUUGGUAUUUUUGCCGCAAUUUGGUUACAUUCAUCCGGAUGAAUUUUUCCAGUCGGUCGAAGUACCAACGGGUGAAGAAUUCCAAUUGGAGCACACACGAACAUGGGAAUUCAACAAUACAAUGCCGAUUCGAAGUAUCGUGGUGCCAUACAUCAUCUAUAAAAUCCCAUUGAAUUUGUAUCGGUUGCUGGCGAUGUAUGUGCGCUAUUUUAUCGGAUGGGAUAUUCGUACUCCGUAUAUGGUGUUCAUUGUGCCUCGGCUGGUGAUGUGUCUGAUUUCAUUCGUGAAUGACUGGAGCCUCUACGAAACCUGUCUCGAAUAUGGGCUACGUUAUGACAUACGACUGUUAGCCUUAGCCAGUUCAUUUGUAACAAUUGUCUUUGCCACCAGAACGUUUUCGAAUAGCAUCGAAAUGGCGCUGUGCUCAUUGCUGCUGUACGUCGUAGCCAAUUGCAUGGUGCAUACAAACAGUGUGAUAUUUCAACGUGAAUUCCUUGAUGAAAAAUACAAAGCGUCCAAAACGCCCGUGGAACGAGUGAAAAUCCAUAAAAUGCGAUCACAUUUACCGCCACACACGGUCAGCAAAUGCUACAUUGUGUCAACGAUAUUUGUCAUCGGGUUAUUUAAUCGGCCAACCUUUCUAUUCUUCGGCACACCGAUCGUUUUCUUUUGGAUGGUUCGCGGUUUGGGCACGAAAACCAUUUCAUUUUUAGAUUUUAACUAUCGCUUUUUCAGUUUGCUUGGCUGUGGUAUUCCGGUUGUGAUUUUAUUCAUUGUCGUCGAUUCAAUGUAUUAUGGCUUUUUAACCUUGUCCGACAUUGAAUAUUUGGAAUUUGGCAUGAACAAUUUUGUGGUGACACCGUUGAAUUUCAUUCGUUACAACAUCGAUCCGGCCAACACAGCCGGUCAUGGCGUUCAUCCCAGAUACUUACAUCUUCUCGUUAACAUUCCACUUUUGUUCAAUGCUCUUGGUGUCAUCGCCAUAUUUUCGGCUGUCCAUAUGAUUUUCAGAUUCAGUCAAAAUCACUAUCGGCAUUUGCCUCGCGCUCAAUCGGUCGUUGCCCUCAUGAAUGCGGCCAUUUUUGUGCCGGCCGCAAUUUUAUCGCUAAUUAAUCAUCAAGAGCCUCGAUUUUUACUGCCCAUCACAUUCCCCGUGAUCAUUUUACACGCACCAAAAUUGAUCACCGGGUUUUGUGCCACCAAUCCAUUCGACGAGAACAAUCGCAUCGGGCAUGUGAUUUAUCGCCAUUUACUGUGUACGAAAGCGAGUGCUGAUCGUUUGCUAAAAUGUUGGUAUGCGGUGAACAUAGUAUUGGCUGCCUUUUUCGGAAUCAUUCACCAAGGUGGUGUCAUUCAACUGACACAAUACUUCCAGCCACCGAAUGCAUUCAGCAUCCGGCCCGAUUUAUCACCGAAUGUGUUUUUAAUCACUAGUCAUUUGUACAAUAUACCAACCGCAUACCUAUUUCAACCGAGCACAAAGACCUUACUCAUUAAUCCGGACAAUGGUCAAAAGUAUACGCGAAAAAAGCAAUUUUUCUUAUAUGAAUACGGUGGGUUGCCAAUGGAUGAACUGCAACAGAAAGUCAAACUAUUGUUAGAUGUCAAUGAAAUGCGUUUGCACCAUGACAAACGAAAUUACAAACUCUAUUUGGCCAUUCCAUCGAGUCUAACCGAAGACCUUAGCAUAGCAUUGUUCCGUAGCAAUCAUACAAUGGUCAAAUAUCAACGCAUUAAAAUGUUUUAUCCACAUUUAUCGAUGGAAGCAUUUCCGAAUUUUUUCUUGCGUCAUCUAACCGAAAUCCGAACCGAUGUCUUUGACCUUGAUCAAAAGUGUGAUUUCUAUGACAAUCGCAAGGAAAUCGAACCAUAUUCACUGAACGCCGCACUCAGACGAUUCUCCGCAAUUGUUCACAAUUUUGGAUUGGUGCUGUAUCGUGUUGAGGUUCGACGCAAAAACACCUUCUCCGAAUAAAAACCACAAAAUGACACAAAUUUGUUUCGAUUCACUUUCGAUUUGGCUUAUUUUUUUGAAAUAGCAAUUUUCAACUGAGUUAUUGAUUGCGUGUGUAUGUGUGCGUGCACGCGCGCAAAUGACAUGCACAUGGUUAGUUAAUGUGUCGAUUGAUCUAGUCAUUCCUUUCAAUAGAAGCACUCGCCUUUUUCCUACCAAUGAACUCUUUCAUUUCUUUUAAAUUUGUCAUACAAUAAACAAACAAAAAAUACGCUUAGUAACAAACAAUUCCAAUCAAUUCAUCAUGCAUGAGUCGGUAUAGAUGUAAUGAUAUGAAUAAAAUAAAAACGAUUGCAUUUCACAUGGAAUUAA